CCUACGUAAGGCCGAGGAUCAAUCACGAAAGACGACCCACGUGCUCCAAACAUUGAUAAGGCACUCUCAACACUGGACUCUGUACUGGAACCUUUGGCGGAACGAGGUGUUGACAAUGCUCAGCGUCGCCGCAACCUUGAGGAGAUUCUUAAGCGUGCUGCUAGCUUUGCCUUUUUGCUAUUCUCGCAACUCAGCUUUUGGAAGUUCGAAUGGAAAAGCAUGCAUAACCUGGGCCACAAUUGUUAGUGGUUCAUCCUGCUUUGGUACAAGUUACCAACAAGAGUGGCCAAAACCUGAACCGUCCAAGAGUCCUCGAAGAAAUGGAAGAACGUUCAGUGUGACAGAACUUGACGGCAAACAGACGAGCUCCGGCCCCUGUGUUGUCGGUUGAGUCCAUAAGCCUUGGCGGAGAUCGCACCAGUUUUCAUUGUUGCAACCCGGGCACUAUUCUCCUAUCAUUAUUCAUAGGAUCAAAGCAAAACAGCCACCAAUAUUACAGGGCCAGUUUCCUGCCGCACCUCAUAUGCAAAGGCGGAUAGAAAUCUAAAAAAAAAAAAAAAAAGGGAAACACAUCCAUUUGAAGUUGGGGUCUUUCAGCCUUGUAUUACUUUUUGAGCCGGUUGAAUCAUUGGAUCCCAUUGUAGACGUUGGUGGCGUUGAGAACUGGUGUAA